AUGAAUUUCGGCGUUAUUGAUACAGGUUUUGGGAUCAGAAGACGGAUGGCACUUGAUUAUGAUGGGAAUUUAAGAAUUCACAGCUUCAACAACUCGAACGGUUUGUGUGACUGGAACAAGGGAUGCAAGCCCACAUUCAAUCUCAGUCAUCUGAUCUAUCAGCCGGUGAAGUUCGUGAAGAUUUCCGAGGUAGAUUACAAUGGUUUUGAUACCAUUUUUAACAAAUCCAUUUCAUUGGAAGCUUGCAAGGAACUUUGCCGGAAGGAUCCCAACUGCCUAGCUAUUAACUACAAAUCAAUGGAGACCGGGUAUUGUUACACAAAAAGUGCGAUGUACAAUGGCUACUACCACCCCCAAGCCGCUGAAGCUAUGUUUCUCAAAGUCCCGCAAAAUCUGUCGAUCCAAGAGCCUUUACAACUCGAUGGCUUUCAUGCUAUAUGCGACACAGAUCCAAGAGAAAUACUGAAAUAG